UAAAAAGCUCUGUCUUUUCCCAUUUCCAGAUACGUAUUUUUUUUGUUUUUGAAUUAAAGGAAACAAUUCAAGAAGCUGGAGCCAAACUCAUUGGAAGGAGAAAAUUCGAAAAAUUAAUUAAAAAAAGUGAGAGAAAAAGGAGGAACCUUUGGUGAAUACUACUCAUUAAGGCAUGUGAGAAUCAGAUCUUGAGAAGAAAGGUGGAAACUUUAGCAAGCAAAUCAAAGGAAUCUCGAAGCAAUUCUUCGUCUUUUCUUGUGUGGUUUGAGUUUGGCGAUGAGUGGGAGCAAUGGGGAGGAGCGUGUUGUCGUUCACGAGGUUGCUCUUGUGGUUGCCAAGAGGGUUCGAGAAGAAGAGGAAGGAGACUGUGUUGAGGUUUUGGUGAGUGAGCUGAAGAAGAGAGGGUUGGUUGUUGAUAGAGUCGUUGGUCUCGCCGAUGAGUUUCUUAAGGUAGCUGCUCCUUGGGAGACUUUGGGGAGUGCAGCAGCAGAGCUUCAUAUACGUAAACCUACUCGUCUUGGAAUUGAUCUACCCUUUGAGAUGCAAGGCUCUGAGGCUUUCUUCAGGCAACCUGAUGGGUCACUGUUCAGCUGGUUUGAACGUUUUCAUUGCUAUCAACAUCUUCUUUACGGAAUUGUUAACAGUGAUGGUUACGACGUUACACUGAAACUUGACGACAGAGAGAUUUGUUGGGCAGCAGGAGAAUCACUAGUUAGAAGGUUGGAAUCUGAAGGCGUCAUCAAACAAAUGUUUCCUCUCCAUGAUGAACUCAAGAGGAAGGAACUUCUCCAAAGUUGGGCAUUAAAUUGGUGGAACUUCACAAACCAGCCAAUUGAUCAGAUAUACUCUUACUUUGGUGCAAAGAUUGGAGUCUACUUUUCCUUUUUGGGAAUGUAUACAAAAUGGUUACUAUUUCCAGCCUUACUGGGGAUUAUAGUGCAGAUGAUUGAUUUCGGGUCCUUGCAGUUUCUUGUUCUCCCAAGUUUCUUUGUCAGCACAAUACUCUGGGCUGCCUUGUUUCUUCAGUUCUGGAAACGUAAAAACGCAGCGUUGUUAGCUAGAUGGCAGAUAAAUUAUUUAGUUGGUCCCAGUCAAGGAUAUAGAUUUAUAGGAAUGGAAUGGAGCUCACUUCCUUUUCCAAAGGAGCUUAUAAAGAAUCUCGGAAACGAGAAGUUCAAAGAGAAGGAAGCUUAUCAAAGAUAUGAAUGGUUUGCUUACCGCAAGAGAUUUAGGAAUGAUGUUCUCGUUAUCAUGACCAUUAUCUGCCUCCAACUUCCAUUUGAGCUGGCCUAUGCUCACAUCUACGAGAUUAUCACAUCUGAUACAAUCAAGUUUCUGUUGACAGCUAUAUACCUUCUAAUCAUUCAGUACCUCACACGGUUGGGAGGGAAAGUAUCUGUCAAGCUGAUAAAUCGAGAGAUCAACGAGAGUGUGGAAUAUCGAGCUAACAGCUUGAUUUACAAAGUUUUUGGGCUCUACUUCAUGCAGACAUACAUUGGGAUAUUCUACCAUGUGCUUUUACACCGAAACUUCAUGACACUUCGACAAGUAUUGAUCCAAAGGUUGAUCAUCUCACAGGUUUUCUGGACUUUGAUGGAUGGUUCUUUGCCUUAUCUUAAGUAUAGCUACAGAAAAUUUAGAGCUAGGAAGAAGAAGAAAAGUGAAGGUGGACCAUCAACAGGAAAGAUACUAAUAGCAUCAAGAGUUGAGAAGGAAUAUUUCAAGCCUACAUAUUCAGCAAGUAUUGGUGUAGAGCUUGAAGAUGGACUUUUUGAUGAUUUCCUUGAGCUAGCUUUGCAAUUUGGAAUGAUCAUGAUGUUUGCUUGUGCCUUCCCUCUUGCUUUUACCCUUGCUGCAGUGAGCAAUGUAAUGGAGAUGAGAACAAAUGCUUUAAAGCUAUUGGUCACAUUGCGAAGACCUCUUCCUCGUGCUGCUGCAACAAUUGGAGCUUGGUUAAACAUAUGGCAGUUUCUAGUAGUAAUGUCUAUAUGCACAAACUCUGCGCUCUUGGUAUGCUUAUACGACCAAGAAGGAAAAUGGAAGAUCGAACCAGGACUCGCUGCAAUUCUCAUCAUGGAACAUAUACUCUUGCUUCUCAAAUUUGGACUCUCUCGUCUUGUCCCUGAAGAGCCUGCUUGGGUUAGAGCCAACCGUAUGAAGAAUGUGACACAAGCGCAAGACAUGUACUGUAAACAGCUCUUGAGAAGCAUUUCUGGUGAAUUUUCAUCCAUGGCUAAAUCUCAACAAGAAGGAGCAGUCGAGACAUGAAAGUAUAGAAUCAAAGUACUAGCAAAGCGUUUUUUUUUGUGUGUGCAAUAGUUAGAUCUUUUUCGUUCUUUUUGUCCAUAAGAUAUUAUGUGAUAUCUUGGAGUCUUGUAUAGACAGGUCUCUCCUAUUUUGUUUGUAAUACGUUGGACUAAUGAGGAAAUCAGUUUUACAAUUAUGUUAUAAUCAUGGGUUGAGUUCUAGAGAAGAACAUAGACAUAAUAUUUUGAAUGUUUAUGUUUCUUAUCAUCAACAUC